AUGAUAAAAUCACAGUUGAUUACCUUUUUUUUUUAUCAAAAACGCUGCAUUGAACGAAACGUAUUGCAAGAAAAACAACCUAAAUCUGAAGAAAUAUUUACGAUAUACUGCGAUAACGACGAGAAUAUACCAGACUGUAACAAUGAUAUGAUAAACGAUUCUGAGCAAUUCCAUUCGGUGCAAACGCCUGGAACAUCUGAUAUAGGCCAAGAAACGAAUGCGAUAAAUACAAUGACGCCUUUUAAAAGACGAGAUAGUAUGGGAAUAAGAAUGGAUUAUGGAGGUUAUGAAGAAGAUAAUUUCAACUAUAUGCGUUUUUUGGAAAAGGGAAAUCCAGCUGCAUCUGAAAUAAUAUACGUCGAAAGGCGAUGUGGUUUUGUCGAUUGGAUGUGUGAAGUGAUUGGAGGAUAUGCGUUCAGUCCAAUUUUGCGAGCUGAGGGCCUCUCUUUAAUCGCCUUAGAUUGUCGCUUGAAUAUUGCUACUUCGUUUUGGUUUGCACACUUUUUCAAUGGUUUGGUUGAACUGAACAGUGAAUGCCAAUGUUUAACACUUUAUUUGAUGGAAUUAAGCAUGAUGUUUGUUCAGUAUUUGGAUUAUAAGCCAAGUGUCAUUGCGGCAGCCUCUAUCGUUAUUGCUCGUUCAUGCACGAUGAAAAAUGAAGAUCUCUGGCCUAAGUCACUGGCACGUUUCGAUUUAUCUAUAGCCGAAAUAAAGACUGGAUUGCCGUUUGUACAUUUUAUUUUUCAAGAAGCACCAAAUAUGAAAUUUCAAAGUAUCAACGAAAAAUAUUCUUGUAAACGAUUCCUUUACAUUUCACAAACCUACUCCCCACCAGGUAUCGAUGAAUUACUGGAACGCAUUUGA